UCAAUGCUUACAAAAAAUCACAAAAAUAAAAAUUAGCUAUUAGAAUAGUGGUGUUAUCUUGUUUGAAUGUGCUUUGCUUGCAGUUCAACAAAUUAAAAUUAUCACAAAUAAGUCGUCAGUUGUGCAUGGAAAGAACAAGUUGAAUAAGACAUUAUUGAUAGUUAAAUUAAAAUUGUUGGUACUACCAUUCACUACAGACAUGGAUCCAAUGAAAGUAGAUGUUAAAGAAAUUGAAAAUAUUUUGAAAUUAGAUCCAUAUUUAAAACCAUUUGAACGUGAAAUCAGAAGAAGGAGUGGCGUUUUGCAAGAAUGGAUUGGGAAAAUAGAUAAACUCGAAGGAGGAAUGGAUACAUUCUCUCAAGGCUACAAAUACUAUGGUCUUCAUUUUCUACCAGAUAAUUCUGUUGUCGCUAGAGAAUGGGCUCCGGGAGCCAAAGAUGUUUACUUAACUGGAGAUUUCAACAAUUGGCAGUGGGAAGCCACACCAUAUAAAAAAUUAGAUUUUGGUAAAUGGGAAUUGCAUAUUCCUGCUAAUGCGGAUGGAACAGCACCCAUUAAACACUUAAGUGAGAUUAAGGUAAUAAUACGCAACCAAGCUGGUCAACUUUUGGAUCGGUUAUCGCCGUGGGCAAAGUAUGUAAAGCAACCUCCCAAGGAAGCUAAUCAGGGUGUUAACUACAAACAAUACGUUUGGAAUCCACCAGAAAAUGAAUGCUAUAAAUUCAAGUACCCAAAAGCUAAAAGACCAAAAUCUCUACGUAUUUACGAAUGUCAUGUGGGAAUAGCUUCGCAAGAACCGUGUGUUGGUUUGUACGACAACUUUGCCGAUAAUAUUAUACCCCGCAUUAAAAAGCAGGGAUAUAAUGCAAUCCAAGUAAUGGCGAUAAUGGAGCAUGCAUAUUAUGCAAGUUUCGGUUAUCAAGUUACUAGUUUUUUUGCCGCCUCCAGCCGCUUCGGUACUCCAGAUCAACUUAAACGAAUGAUAGAUGUUGCCCAUGCUAAUGGUUUAUAUGUAUUAUUGGAUGUUGUUCAUUCACACGCCAGUAAAAAUGUUCAAGAUGGUUUAAAUCAAUUCGAUGGCACUAAUAGUUGCUACUUUCACGACGGCAAGCGAGGAGAACAUGCUCUAUGGGACAGUCGGCUAUUCAAUUAUAUGGAAUAUGAAGUGUUAAGAUUUUUAUUGUCAAAUUUACGAUGGUGGCAUGAUGAAUAUAAAUUCGAUGGAUAUAGAUUCGAUGGCGUUACUUCAAUGAUAUAUCAUUCUCGUGGUAUUGGGGAAGGUUUCAGCGGUGAUUACAAUGAAUAUUUUGGACUGAAUGUGGAUACGGACGCUUUAAACUAUUUGGCUUUGGCUAAUCAUAUGUUACAUACUCAAAAUCCCGAAUGCAUAACAAUUGCAGAGGAUGUAUCCGGUAUGCCUACGCUAUGUCGUCCUAAUGCCGAAGGUGGUAUUGGCUUUGAUUAUCGUUUAGGUAUGGCAAUUCCAGACAAGUGGAUUGAAUUGCUUAAGGAAUGUUCGGAUGAUCAGUGGAAUAUAGGUAAUAUUGUUCAUACUCUUACAAAUCGCAGAUGGAAGGAAAACACAGUUGCAUACGCAGAAUCACAUGACCAGGCAUUGGUAGGAGAUAAGACCUUAGCUUUUUGGUUGAUGGAUAAAGAAAUGUACACCCAUAUGUCAGUUAUUUCUGAGCCAAACCUAAUUAUUGAUCGUGGUAUUGCUUUACACAAAAUGAUACGCCUAAUAACACAUGCUUUAGGUGGUGAAGCCUAUCUCAACUUUAUGGGAAAUGAGUUUGGACACCCAGAAUGGUUAGAUUUUCCACGAGCUGGUAAUAAUGAUUCAUACCAUUACGCUCGCAGACAAUGGAAUUUAGUUGAUGAUCCUUUGCUAAAAUAUAAAUAUUUAAAUGAGUUUGAUCGUGCAAUGAAUGAAUUGGAAGAACGAUUUGGCUGGUUACAUUCCGAUCCAGCUUAUGUUAGUUGGAAACAUGAGGGUGAUAAGAUCAUAGCUUUCGAACGCGCUGGAUUAGUGUUUGUUUUCAAUUUUCAUCCUACUCAAAGUUUUACGGGUUAUCGUGUUGGUACCAAUUGGGCUGGAACCUAUAAAAUUGCACUAUCAUCAGAUGAUGAACUUUUUGGAGGAUUCAAUCGCCUCGAUAAAAAUUGUAAACAUAUUUCUAGAGCUGAAAAUUACGCUGGUCGUCAAAACUUUAUUGAAGUGUAUGCACCAGCACGUACAGCAGUAGUAUAUGAACAUAUUAAUGAUUAGUAAAUUUUUAAUAAUAUAAUUUUGAAACCAUGGUAUAAACAAUCUAUACCAUUAAUCAAACUGUAAUAUAAUUUUUAAAUAAAUACACAUCCAAAGUGUGAAUUGAAAAAAUUAAAUAAAUGCGUAUACUUACAACACUUUUUUAAUAUUAAUUCAAAAGAAAGUGAAAUACAAAUGAAAAAUGUGUUUCGUUUAUUGAGCAGAAUAGUAAAAAUAAAUUACAUUUUAUAUAUAGGUUAUAAAAAUAAAAAUCCUGCAAUUUCUUUAAAAAAUAAAAGUACAAAUGUAUUGUAAAAUACGUAUAGUAUGUGCGUACAUUAGACCUGCCCUUAAAAUAACUAGUCUUUGAAUUAUGUCGAUUGGUUCUUCAGUAAAUGAAAUUAUGUUUAAUUCAAUAUGUAUAUGGACAGGUUUAAAGUACAUGUACAUACGUAUCUAUAUGUAGUACAUUAUGAGCCAAAUAUAUUUUUUUUUAAAUCUUGUUCAGCCAAACAUUAACUAUUGCAAAAUAAUGGCAGAUAAAAGAAAGAAAAUAAAGAAAAAUUAAAUAAUAAAAUUGUUCAGAAAAAUAUCUUUAAGAAAAUUCUUUUAGUAUAACUGACAAUAAAUUGUAUCGGCACUUGUGAUAGAAUUAACUGUUAACUGUCUGUUAUUUAUACAAUAAACGAUUUGAUAUCACUUAAAA